AUGUCAAUUGUCAACACAAAAGCACUUACAGAACGCGCAUGUUAUUCAACCGUUGUGUGCAAUCCUCCUCCGCCAAUCGAAGCCCCUCCGGCGUCGCCCUCGCCUCCGCCUCCCCCCGGAGCCGACGUCCCGAAGCUCCAGUCGCGAGGAAAUGAAGCGGCGAAGCGCGAUGAGACCCCGACACAUGGCACCGAGGACAGGAACGCGGUGCGGCGCCUCUCGCUGCCCUGCCCUCGGGAAGGCCCUCGGGAACCUAUCCCCAGAACCACGACGGAAGCACGGAAUGUCCUUCCCUCCCUCCUGACGAAGCGUGCCCCGAUGCCAAGCCCAAUCAACACCAAUCAAUCUCGUGGCUCAUCCCCCCCCCCGUCUCCUCGAAUCACUUCCAACGACGCCCUCCUGUCUCCUUAUCUCGGCCGCCGCUCUUAUCGCCCGUCGCACCUGUUCGCGUUCCCUCGCCGGCCGGUCAUCCCGAGCUCCCAGGGGCCAGGGACGCCUGCUAAUUACCUCGGCCACACCUGCGUCCCUCAAACCCGAAUGACUACCCACAUCAACACUACACCUACAAGCAUCCCAUCCAUGCAACAGCGGCACGCACCUUACGAGUGCCACGCCCGCAUGCACCCCACAGACGCCCAAACUACCCGCAGUCUAUUAAAGCUACACCUGCAAGCAGCGCAUUAA